CUAAUUAGAUUCAAUUAUUUCGAUUUUUUUCAUUCUCUGGUCUUCCGCUUUCUCUGUCUCUCUUUGUGUAUCUGUCUCACUGAAUGUGUUGAGCCCGCGAUCUCCUUCUCUUCCGUACCAUCACCGAUUGCGAUCUUCACCGCCGAUCACACUUCCAGUCCUCUAUUUCGUCGGCAGAAGACAUUCAGAUGGUAAAGAUCAAAUUGCCAGAUAUUAGUAGCUGCAGUGCCAUUAGAAUUAUGAAAGCUCGCCUUGUCGGUGCCACAAGAGGUCAUGCUCUUCUCAAGAAGAAGAGUGAUGCUCUAACCGUGCAGUUCCGGGCAAUACUCAAGAAUAUUGUAUCAACGAAAGAGUCAAUGGGAGACAUCAUGAAGAACUCCUCAUUUGCCCUAACUGAGGCAAAAUAUGUUGCAGGGGAGAAUAUCAAGCAUGUCGUCUUGGAGAGCGUCCAAACUGCAUCUGUUAAAGUCCGAUCACGCCAAGACAAUGUUGCUGGAGUGAAGCUGCCCAAGUUUGAGUAUUUCUCCGAGGGGGAUACCAAGAGCAAUGACCUAACCGGUUUGGCCAGAGGCGGGCAGCAGGUGCAGAAGUGCCGUGGUGCUUAUGUGAAAGCAAUUGAGGUUCUUGUUGAGCUUGCUUCGCUCCAGACAUCGUUCUUGACGCUCGAUGAGGCAAUCAAGACCACAAAUAGAAGGGUGAAUGCAUUGGAGAAUGUUGUGAAGCCAAGGAUUGAGAACACAAUCACUUACAUCAAGGGGGAGUUGGACGAGCUUGAGAGAGAAGAUUUCUUCAGGCUGAAGAAGAUACAAGGUUAUAAGAAGAGAGAGAUUGAGAGGCAGAGAGCUUCUGCGAUAGGGUUUGCUGAGGAUCAGAUUGCUGAGAAGCUGUCCUUGAGUAAAGGCAUUUCGAUGGCUUCGGCGCAGAAUAUGUUGGCUGCGGGCGCAAAGGAUGAGGAUAUAAUCUUUUGA